AGGUAGGGCUCAGACGAGCGCACGCGCUGCGACGAGUGAGAAGGAGAGAGCGAGAGAGAGAGAGAGAGAGGCUGCUUGAGGGAGACUUCCACAGCCAGUGUUACCUCGGGUACUAUGGAAACUAAACCUCUAACCAGUGGAGAUAAUGAAGGCGACUAUGAGGCAGGUCUGUGAGGGGCAUGACCGGCUCGUCGGAGGACAGCGUUCUUCGGACCUGGACCCAGCGCUGGUGACAGGGACAUGGGACUCUUCCUCCGAGCGUCCUGCAGGCUCAACACAAGUGACGACCUGGUCGACAGCAUCGAAAGGGACCCGGGGCUCGCCCCUCUCUCCGGCGGGACGCCGCCGCCGCCGCAGGUCCAGGCACAGCACCACAAAGCGCCUUGGGAAACGGCUGACACAAUGAGAGGCUCAGAGGCAGGGGAGGGUGACGCCACGGCGGGGGACGUGCUGACCAAGCCUGAAAGCCGGGAACCAGUCGAGCCGGACAGAGAUGAAAGCGUCUGUGACGGCAAAAACGAGGCGCAGCAGCAAACACCUGGACAGACAGGGAAGAGAUCAAAGUCUAACGCAAAGUUAAAGUUAGUUCGGAGCCUGGCUGUUUGUGAAGAGCCCUCUCCUUCCCCUCUUUCCGAACUGCCGCGAGAACAGCAGGAUAAAAUUCAGAUUCAGCUCUCCCAGUCAUUUGAUAAAGAAGAAACGUCUAUUAAGGAUGAGAAUGACAAGGAGAAAAUCUUGGACAAGCUGGAGAAGUCUGAGAAAAUGCCAAGGAAGAUGCUGUCAAGAGAUUCCAGUCAGGAGUACACAGACUCUACUGGGAUUGAUCUACAUGAGUUUUUAGUAAAUACGCUAAAAAACAACCCCAGGGACAGAAUGAUGCUGCUGAAGCUGGAACAGGAUAUUCUUGAUUUUAUCAGUAAUAACGAAAGCCAGAGAAGAAAAUUCCCUCCCAUGACUUCCUACCACAGAAUGCUGUUACAUAGAGUCGCUGCGUACUUCGGGUUAGAUCACAAUGUUGACCAAACUGGGAAAUCUGUCAUCAUCAACAAAACCAGCAAUACAAGAAUACCAGAUCAGAAGUUUUCAGAGCACAUCAAAGAUGACAAAACGGACGAUUUCCAGAAACGCUACAUUCUCAAGAGGGACAACACCAGUAUGGACAAAGAUGACAAUAUGAUGCGGAUGCGCCUGAAAGAAGACAGGAGGAGCAAGUCCAUAGAGGAGAGAGAGGAGGAAUACCAGCGAGCCAGAGAGAGGAUAUUCGCCCAAGACUGCCCAGAAAAUUUCCCAUUAGAUAAAAGGAUCCAGGAAGAUGAAGCUUCUAACAGCACUCAACAAAGACGGCAAAUGUUUAGGCUGAAGGACGGCCGGUCGGCAAGCAGCCGGCAGAGCAGUUCUGAGAAUGAGCCCAAGUACUCAGAACCGCGGCCUUGGAGCAGCACAGACUCGGACAGCUCCAACCGGAACCUGAAGCCGGCCAUGACCAAGGCCAGUAGCUUUAGCGGCAUCUCGGUUCUGAUCCGGGGAGACAGUUCAGGCAGCAGCAAGAGCACGGGCCGGCUCUCCAAGACAGGUUCUGAGUCUUCUAGUAGUGUAGGGUCGUCUACUGGUUCGCUCUCUCGUUCCCAGCAGCCCCUCCCAGCCCCGGCACUAACGCAGCCCGGCCUCGCUGCCCCCCCAGCGGCCUACCCCGCCGUCAGCACUAGUUGCUCCGUGCCCUACGAGGGGGUCCUGGGCGGGCCCACGGCAUCCACAGCUAACACUAGCUACUAUUUGCUUCCGCUGGAAGCCGCGGGGAUACCCCCUGGCAGUAUUCUGGUCAAUCCGCACACAGGGUGUUCUGUGCCGACAGGCCAGCCGUUUGUAAACCCCGACGGCAGUGCUGUGAUCUACAGCCCCACCUUGGCUCAGCAGCAGGGCAGGACCCAGCAGCCCUUGCCCCCUCCUCCGCCUCCGCCCCCGCCCGCCCCCCACCCGCACCAGCCAGCCAAUCACAUCCUCUCUCAGCCAGUUCGGCCCUUCCAGCCGCCCGCGCAGCCUGUCCAGUACUCAACGGUCUCUUACCCGCCUCAGCUCCUGCCCGUGUCCCCUAACCAACAGUACACUGUGCAAGACAACCUAGGUGCUCAGUUCAGCCACAUGAGCCUGGCCCGGCAGGCCUCCAGCGAGGGCCCCGACCCCCACACUGCCAUGUACCCCUCCGCCAUGGUGCUGCAGCCGCCCCAGCAGGCCGGCUACAUGGUGGCCCCCCCGGGCCAGCCCGUUCCCGCCCCCGCCUUCCCCACCCCCGCGGUGAGCCAGCCGGUCAUGCAGCAGCAGAGCUACGUGCAGCAGCCGAUGCAGCAGAUGGCCACAUGUUACUGCGCGCCCAGCCAGUACGCACACUCCAGUCAGUACCGGCCAGUCACCCCAGUGCACUACAACAGCCCUCAGAGCCAGCCGCUGCCCCAGCCCGCCCAGCAGUCAGGUUAUCAGACUGUGAUGCCAAACCAGUCUCAGAGCUAUCAGAGUGUGGUAGGAGUGCAGCCACCUCAGAAUCAGAACCUGAUCAGCAGCCAGCAUAGCAAUAUGGGAAGUCAGAUGCAAAGCAUGAUGGUCCAGUACCCUUCCGUGCCAUCUUAUCAGCAGGUAUCCGUAGGAAUGGCUCAACAGACGUAUCAGCAGCCAGUGAUCAUCCCCAACCAGUCCAGCCAAGGGCCUGUGCCCACGUCUGCUGUGCAGGUCUACUACAGCGUUAUUCCACCCAAUCAACAGAACACCAUGAGCUCCUCGGUAGGAUUUCUGCCAGCCCCAGGGACAGAGCAAAUGCAGUUCCCUCGGACCCCCUCGUCCCCCUGCAGCUCCCAGCAGCUCGCAGGGCAGCAGUGUGCAAGUGUGCCUCCCCCUCCUGGCGGUGGGAUGCUCAUGAUGCAGCUGACGUUACCCCCCAACCAGCAGACACGGGCGCACUCGCCCCCUCAGUGGAAACACCACAAGUAUUACAGCCUGGACCACCAUAGGGGUCAGAAGUCCGCAGAGACCCCCACACUCGACACCUCACAGAGUAGUCCACAGCUGGGCAGCCCGGUCACCUCCCCCGCCCAGUCACCCACCCCGGCCCACCUGACCAACAUGAAGAAUGUCCGUCCUGGCCACCCCCCUGUCUCCAUUUUGCCCCAGUUGUCCAGACCUUUCGUAGCCGGACAAGGCGAUGCACGGUACCCUCUUUUGGGGCAGCCUCUCCAGUAUACCCCUCCCAUCCGUCCGCCCCUGCUCCACGGCCCCCACAUGGUCCCCAACCACCAGGGUCCUAUGGGAAUUCGGCAAGGGAGCAAAGGGAAGAAGCCAGCGAGGAAGGCACUGUCUACAGAUCUCAGUGUAGGUGAAGCAGUAAACGGAAGAGUCCUGGAAGUGACUGAUUUGCCUGAGGGGAUCAGCCGUUUGGAAGCGGACGCGCUGCUCGGGGAACUGUGCAAACUUGGCGCCACCGUCAAGUGGCUGCCGGAUCGCCAGCCACAGCUGCCACGGCCGCACUGCGGGCCCGGGGACAGGGACGGCGACAGUGACGCCAACGCUGACCGCUCAAAGUCCUCCUGCGACCUGGCCUCCACCUACACCAUCCUCGCCAUGUUUCCCUCCAAAUACGCCGCGCAGAGCGCCCUCCACAAACACAGCAGCUCCCCGGCAAGGUUCAAACUGAGAACUAGCAAGAGACACUUUGAGUUUCACAGCUUAGAGAGGGCGAGCUCCCAGUAAGGGGGCCUGACUUCCACAGAGCGGGACUCCGGCCCUCCUCUGCUACCACCAAAACCACCUCCAGCACCAGUCACUUCCUGUCACAUUCACUCCCCGUUUCCUGUUACUCACUGAAUUGGCUUGACAUAAUUGGUUUUCAUUUGAGUUGUAGAGAGUUUUUUCUUUUUUUUUUUUCUGGCAACGUGUUGUCUUUGUAAUGUUCAUGCAAUUUGAAAACCGAACCAACUAAAAGAUUCCAACACAAAUAUUCAAAAAAA